GUAGCAACCUGGCAGCUCUCGCAUUCCUCUGCUGUUAAAUGUAGAGCUACACCACCUAUACCUGAUACUGCAACCUCCUUCCCACCGCCAGGCACAUAUCCUCUAAUGUUACGGCAAUACAUACCUGUAUAAAGUACUGGACAAAUGGAUGAGGUAUAGCUGACAAUGAAAAAAGACUCAUGAAAAGGCAACUCUAUAAACAAUCAAUUUAGCCACAGAAGUACUCCAUCUGAACUAAAAUCAGACUGUAUGUGACUCGGUGUUUAACAGUAAACAAACACUUGGGACCACUAAAGCAACUGACGUCAAUAGUGAUUCCACAUUAACCAAACCUGAAACAGCAAUAUUAUCAAAAAGAGUAGCAAAUGUCACAGAAUCAGUUUAACAGACCUGUAAUUCCAGGAAGAAGACGGGGAUUUAAAGUGUGCUACAUUUGUGGUAGGGAAUUUGGGUCCAAAUCAAUUUCUAUACAUGAACCAAAAUGCCUAGAGAAAUGGCACAUAGAAAACGACAGUCUACCAAAGCAUUUGAGAAGAGCAGCCCCGGUGAAACCUCAGAUUAGUGCCGAUGGUUCAGACAUCACUGAAAACGAGGCAGCGUGGAAAAGUUCCCAAGCUCAGCUUCUACCAUGUGGGAACUGCGGCCGCACAUUUCUUCCCGACCGACUUAUUGUACACCAAAGAGGUUGCAAACCAAAUGGAAAAACCCUAGGUACCUUCAAGAGCACAGAUGACAAAAAAUCCAGCACAACUAUAAAAACAGAAAGCAAGUUUUCUAAUACCAAGGAAUUAGCUAGCCUAACAAAGCCCAAAACCUUAAUUUGUUACAUAUGUGGAAGAGAGUUUGGCACUAAAUCUCUUCCUAUCCAUGAGCCAAAAUGUCUUGAAAAAUGGAAAAUAGAAAAUGAUAGGUUACCGAAAGGACAGCGCAGACCUGUUCCUCAGAAACCUCAGCUUGACCCAUCUAAAUCUACCAGCCGAGAAGAACAAAAUGAGGCAGCCUGGCAAAGCUUUAAGGAUCAGUUGCUGAAAUGUUCAAACUGCGGUCGAUCUUUUGCAAGUGAUCGGCUUCCAGUCCAUCAGAAAGGCUGCAAAGUCAUCUCAGAUCGAAAGGAUCCAACAAAGAGGGAUAAUGCACAAAGGCAAAAGAAUGGAACUAACAAAGAAAAUGCCAAGGUAAAGAGCUGCUGACAUACCAAUUUCAUUCUCUUCUUCUCCAGAGAAGAAUUUAUAAGAAUAUUUGUUUUUUGUGUUUUUUGGGAGAUGCCUUGUUUUUUCUGAAUGCUGUUGCAUGGCACCAAAACAGAAUUACAUAUUCAUGCAGGUUUGAAGGCUUUUGAACGCACAGCAAUUUAUUCAUCUCUGUUAACAACAUGUUGGUUAUAUGUUAAUAGGAAGAACAUUUAUAUAAAGGCAUUUAUUUAUAAAUUAUUGAGGUGUCUGCUAUGGGGAUUUUUAUCCCUCUGCACAACCGAUAAAAGUAAAAUAAAGGGUGGUGUAUAAAAGGACAUGCCCCUUAGUGCUCACUCAAGAAUAACUUGCACCCUGGGGAGGCCAGGGCCCCUUUCCAGCCUGCUCCUCAUGCUGCUCCUGAACUCGCUUGUCUAAUUGACUUACAAUUUUGCAGAUGGGAAGGGGGCAAUAGAGGGAGUACCUACGUGCCUUCACACCACCUCUCUUGGAUAGAGCACUGCUUAAAGUGGUGGUUUACUUUUAAGAUACAUUUUAGUAUGGAUUAGAAUGGCCAAUUCUAAGAGACUGUUCAUUUCAUCUAUAUUAUUUAUUUUUUAUAGUUCAUUUGCUUUUGUCUUCCGACACCUUCCAGCUUUCAAUUGGGGGUCACUGACCCCAUCUAAAAACAAACGUUCUGUAAAGCUACAAAUUUAUCGUUAUUGUUCAUUUUUGUUAAUCAUUUUUCAAUUUAGGCCUCUCUUAUUGAUAUUCUAGUCUCUUAUUCAAAUAAUGUCUAGGGCAAUUUGGAUUGAAAUUGCAAUACUGGAGAGUUGCUGAAUAAACAGCGAUAUAAUGCAAAAACCACACAUAAUAAAAAAAAUGAAAAUGAUGCUAAUUGUCUCAGAAUAUUACUCUCUACAUCAUACUAAAGGUUAACUCAAAGGUGAACAACCCCUUUAACACAGGCAGAUCAAUGGGCUGGAAUGUUGUGUGCAAUGGG